AUGGUUUCUGCAUCUGUCCCCAAUGACACUACCUUCCAUCCUUCCACAUUUAUUCUACUUGGGAUCCCUGGGAUGAGAGACCAGCACAUUUGGGCUGCCAUCCCCUUCUGCUCCAUGUAUAUCCUCGCUCUGAUUGGCAAUGGAACCAUCCUCUACAUCAUUACGAAGGAGAGAACUCUGCACGAGCCGAUGUAUCUCUUCCUGUGCCUGCUGUCUAUCACUGACCUGGUACUCUGCUCGACCACAUUGCCCAAAAUGCUAACAAUCUUCUGGCUUAAGUCCCACAUAAUAUCCUACCAAGGCUGCCUCACCCAGAUGUUUUUUGUGCAUGCAAUCUUUGCCACAGAAUCAGCUGUUCUGCUGGCCAUGGCUUUUGACCGCUACGUGGCUAUCUGCUGUCCACUUCAUUAUGCAUCCAUCCUCAACGCCAUGGUGAUUGGGAAGAUUGGUCUGGCAUGUGUGGUCCGUGGCCUUCUCUUUGUUUUCCCCUUUGUCAUACUCAUAGAACGCUUACCUUUCUGUGGACAUCACAUCAUCCCUCACACCUACUGUGAACAUAUGGGCAUUGCCAAACUGGCCUGUGCCAGCAUCAGGCCCAACACCAUUUAUGGUCUCACCGUGGCCCUUUCAGUCACCGGCAUGGAUAUGGUCCUCAUCGCCACUUCCUAUGCCCUGAUCCUGCGGGCUGUGCUGCGCCUGCCCUCCAAGGAUGCCCAGUUCCGAGCAUUUAGCACUUGUGGAGCUCACAUAUGUGUGAUUCUUGUAUUCUAUGUACCUGCCUUUUUUUCCUUUUUCGCCCACCGCUUUGGCCAGCAAAUACCUCCUCACGGAAUCCCACUUCAUGUGCACACCAUUCUUGGCAGCCUCUACUUCCUUGUACCUCCAAUGCUUAAUCCUAUUAUUUAUGCAGUGAAAACCAAAGAGUUUCGGGACAAAUUGACAAAAUAUGGGUGCUGGAAGAAGAAGCUUUUGUUUCUGAAUUGCUCUUUUCAGGUGCUCCCCCAGGGGACCAGCAUGACUGGCUGCAAUGCCUCCCAGGGCCACCCCUCUUUCUUCCUUCUCCAAGGCAUUCCUGGGAUGGAGGACAAACACAAGUGGAUCUCUAUUCCUUUCUCUUCCAUGUACUUUGUCACCAUCCUGGGGAACUGCACCAUCCUCUUCACCAUCUCCACAGAGCGCUCCCUGCAUAAGCCCAUGUUCCUGCUCCUUGGCAUGCUGGCCCUCACGGACCUGGGCAUGUCCACAACCACCAUCCCCAAGGUGCUGUGCAUCUUCUGGUUUGACCAGAGUGACAUCAGCUUUGAGGGCUGCCUGGUCCAGCUGUUCUUCCUCCACUCCAUCUCUGCCUUGCAGUCUGCCAUCCUCAUGUCCAUGGCCUUUGACCGCUACGUGGCCAUCUGUGAGCCCCUGCGCUAUGCCACCAUCCUUUCCAACAGCCGCAUCGGGCUCAUCGGCCUCGUGAGUUUAGUGAGAGCUGUCCUGCUCAUUCUCCCCAUGCCCAUCCUCCUCCAGCAGAUGCCCUUUCAUGCCAGGCAUGUCAUCCCCACCACCUACUGCGAGCACAUGGCUGUGGUGAAGAUGGUGUGUGUGGACACCACAGUCAACAGGGUGUAUGGUCUGGUGGUGGCCUUGUUGGUUGCUGGGGUAGACAUCUCAGCUAUUGCCUCAUCUUAUGUGCUGAUCAUCCGGGCUGUAAUGCGGCUCUCUUCUAAGGAAGCCCACCAGAAAGCAGUAAAUACCUGCACCACACACAUCUGUGUCAUGCUUAUCUCUUACACUCCCUCACUGUUUUCUUUUCUCACUCAUCGCUUUGGCCAGGGAAUCCCACUUCAUGUGCACACCAUUCUUGGCAGCCUCUACUUCCUUGUACCUCCAAUGCUUAAUCCUAUUAUUUAUGCAGUGAAAACCAAAGAGUUUCGGGACAAAUUGACAAAAUAUGGGUGCUGGAAGAAGAAGCUUGUAAACAUUAUCCAUGAUCAGAAACCUCCCUGA